GACGGAAAUAGAUACAAUGGCAUCCGAACAACAACGUGCUGAUGCGGCCGUUCCGAUAAAAAAGCGAAAACAUUCCCUGGAAGAAGUAUCAAAUGGCGAAACAAAAUCGGAGGACAGUUUCGGGGGCUUCAAUAUUUGCAAAGUUUUAAAUGAGAACGCUAAACAUAAAGCAAUUUUUGUUCACGGAUCGUUUGAAGGUAGUACGGAUGACGCUGUUGUCAUUUUGGAGAAAACUCCUUUUACAGAAAACACAGUCAAGGGAAUUUUGUCGUCAGAUACAGAUUUGAAACUGGCAAUUCAUAAUGAUAUAUAUAAAACAUUUGAGGCAUUUCCAAAACCACAGGAGAACGGGAUCAAAGCCACCCUGAUUUACCCUGCCACUUCUAAACACAUCAGCAAGUAUACAGAACAAGACGUGUAUGUUGUGAGAGAGACAGCAGAAGACUACAGGAACAUCACUCUGCCAUACAUACAGGCAGAACAAUUUAGUAUACAAUGGGUAUAUAAUAUCCUAGACAAGAAAAAAGAAGCGGAGAGAAUUGUGUUUGAGGACGUUGAUCCUGAGACAGGGUUCAUUCUCCUCCCUGACAUGAAGUGGGAUUGCAAGCAGGUCAACGACCUCUACCUUGUUGCCAUAUGUCACACCAGAGGACUGAGAUCACUUCGAGAUCUUACCAGAGACCACUUGCCUUUGUUGAAGAAUAUACUUGAAAAGGGACAGAAUGCAAUCAAAGAAAAGUACCAAGUGCCACCCAGUAAACUCAGGAUAUAUUUCCACUACCAGCCGUCGUAUUACCACCUCCAUGUCCACUUCACUCACAUCAAGUUUGAUGCCCCGGGAUCUGGGGUGGACAGGGCACACCUCAUCCAAGAUGUCAUUCAGAACAUUGAAAUCAAUGGAAACUUCUAUCAGGAGGCCUCCAUUUCGUUUGCUCUUAGGGAAAAUGACAAGUUGUUGAGUAAAUUUAGAGAGGCGGGAAAAGCUUGAUUUAGGCUUGAGAAGUAAUAAUGGGAUGGUUUUGGACAUUUAUCAGUAUGCCCCCCCCCCACUUUGCUGUGAGAUAUAAUUAUAAGUUAUUGCUAGUAGAUUAUAAUACCCUCCAGGGGAAGGUGGGGGGGGGAGAUGUGUUAGUUGGACUAUCUGGAGAGACAGGACAAGAUGACAGUCGGUGCUGAAGCCGAAAUCAUUAUAGCCAGCUGAUCCUUCAGGUCGGCAGGGUCCGUGAAUCUACUUUGAUAAAGCAGAAAUGGUAUCUUGUGAAUGAACUUAAAUUAUGCUGAUGACCCAGUUUCAAUUUUUCCUGGCAGUUGGGUUUGGACCAUUGUUUAAAUUGCCUGUUGAGCUAGCCCCAGUUUCACAAAAAAAAAAA